CAGAAUUUCUGUGUUCCGCAAAUCUUGUGAAUACGUUAAAUUGCCAUUACCAUUUUGAGGAGGGGCCAUAAGCGGCAGGCGAUCUAGAUCUCGAGCUCUCUUGUUCUUCUUCGGAUCGGAAAAUGGGGCUGUCUUUUGGGAAGUUGUUCAGCAGGCUCUUUGCCAAGAAAGAGAUGCGUAUCCUUAUGGUGGGUCUUGAUGCUGCUGGUAAGACGACCAUUUUGUACAAGCUCAAACUCGGUGAGAUUGUGACCACUAUCCCAACCAUUGGGUUCAAUGUGGAGACAGUGGAAUACAAGAACAUCAGCUUUACCGUCUGGGAUGUCGGGGGUCAGGACAAGAUCCGUCCAUUGUGGAGACACUACUUCCAGAACACCCAGGGGCUUAUCUUUGUUGUUGACAGCAACGACCGAGACCGUGUUGUUGAAGCCAGGGACGAGCUUCACAGAAUGCUGAACGAGGAUGAGUUGAGGGAUGCCGUGCUGCUCGUGUUUGCUAACAAGCAGGAUCUUCCCAAUGCAAUGAACGCUGCCGAGAUCACUGACAAGCUCGGUCUCCACUCUCUCCGCCAACGACACUGGUACAUUCAGAGCACAUGUGCCACCUCGGGCGAAGGUCUGUACGAGGGCCUUGACUGGCUAUCCAACAACAUUGCGAACAAGGCAUAGACCAGAGGCAUGUGUCCGAGCCAUGGACCUCGACAACAUAUAAAGUAGUCAGAAUCCUCUGUUGUCUCUGCUUGUUUUGGUAAUCUUUGCUAGUGAAACUACUAUUUGUUGUCAUUCUUCACUCUCUCUCCUUCGUUAUUCAAUUUCAAACUAUGUUUUGUCUCUU